AUGUCGCUGCAAAGGAUGGUACGUGUGUCCCUGGAUCAUCCCACCAGUGCCGUGUGUGUGGCUGGCGUGGAGACCAUCGUGGACAUUUAUGGGUCAGUUCCUGAGGGCACAGAGAUGUUUGAGAUCUACGGGACCCCAGGCGUGGACAUUUACAUCUCUCCCAGCAUCGAGAGGAGACGGGAGCAUGCUGACACCAGGCGCUGGCACUUCAACGAGGGGCUGGAGAUCAUCGUGGUCAUGAACUCCCCCAGCAAUGACCUCAAUGACAGUCACGUGCAGAUCUCUUACCACUCCAGGCACAAGCCGCUGCCCCUGGCCUACGCUGUGCUCUACCUCACGUGUGUUGACAUCGCCCUGGACUGUGACCUGAACUGCGAGGGCAGGCAGGACAGGAACUUCGUGGACAAGCGGCAGUGGGUGUGGGGACCUGAGGGGCAUGGAGCCAUCUUGCUGGUGAACUGUGAUCGCGACAAUCUGGACUGUGACGUCCAAGACAACUGCGACCAGCAUGUGCGCUGCCUGCAAGAUCUGGAAGACAUGUCCCUUAUGGUCCUGCGGACACAGGGUCCUGCAGCCCUCUUUGAUGACCACAAACUCAUCCUGCACACAUCCAGCUAUGAUGCCGGGCGGGCCCGAGUCUUCCACGUCUGCGGUCCCGAGGACUCCUGUGAGGCCUAUAGGUGCGUGCUGGGCCAGGACAAGGUGUCCUACAAGGUGCCUCGCCUCCAUGGGGAUGAGGAGCGCUUCUUCGUGGAGGGCCUCUCCUUUCCAGAUGCUGGCUUCCCAGGGCUGGUCUCCUUCCAUGUCACCCUGCUAGAUGACUCCAAUGAGUAUUUCUCUGCGUCACCGAUCUUCACCGACACCGUGGUGUUCCGCGUAGCACCCUGGAUCAUGACACCCAGCACCCAGCCACCCCUGGAGGUGUAUGUGUGCAGUGUGAGGAACAACAAGUGUUUUGUGGAAGCCGUGGAGGAGCUGGUCAGGAAGGCCGGCUGCAAGCUGACCAUCUGCCCGCAGACUGAGAACCGCAACGACCGCUGGAUCCAGGAUGAGAUGGAGCUGGGCUACACUGAGGCUCCACAUAAAACCCUGCCGGUUGUCUUUGACUCCCCCAGGAACGGGGAACUGCAAGACUUCCCUUACAGAAGAAUCCUGGGCUUAGAUUUUGGCUACGUGACUCGGGAGCCACGAGACAAGUCUGUGAGCGGUCUGGACUCCUUUGGGAACCUGGAGGUCAGCCCCCCAGUGGUGGCCAAUGGAAAGGAGUACCCCCUGGGGAGGAUCCUCAUCGGGGGCAACCUGCCUGGGUCGAGAGGUCGCAGGGUCACCCAGGUUGUACGGGACUUCCUCCAUGCCCAGAAGGUGCAGCCACUGGUGGAGCUCUUUGUGGACUGGCUGGCAGUGGGACAUGUUGAUGAGUUUCUGAGCUUUGUCCCUGCCCCAGAUGGGAAGGGCUUCCGGUUGCUUCUGGCCAGCCCAGGCGCCUGCUUCCGGCUCUUCCAGGAAAAGCAGAAGUGGGGCCAUGGCAGGGCCCUCCUGUUCCAGGGGGUCGUCGGCGAAAGGCAGGUCAAGACCAUCUCCAUCAAUCAGGUUCUUUCCAAUGACAGCCUCAUCAGCUUUAACAAGUUCGUGCAGAGCUGCAUCGACUGGAACCGUGAGGUGCUGAAGCGGGAGCUGGGCCUGGCUGACCGCGACAUCAUCGACAUCCCGCAGCUCUUCAAGACCGAGAGGAAAAAGGCAGUGGCCUUCUUCCCUGACUUGGUGAACAUGCUGGUGCUGGGGAAGCACCUGGGCAUCCCCAAGCCCUUUGGGCCCCUCAUCAAUGGCCGCUGUUGCCUGGAAGAGAAGGUGCGUUCCCUGCUGGAGCCGCUUGGCCUGCACUGCACCUUCAUUGAUGACUUCACCCCAUACCACAUGCUACACGGGGAGGUCCACUGUGGCACCAACGUGCGCCGGCAGCCCUUCACCUUCAAGUGGUGGCACAUGGUGCCCUGA